UCAAAUGACCAUAUGCCUGGUCCGAAAGGGUAGAGAUUGUGGAAGCGCGGUUCAGUCGAGCGACCCAUUGCCGUCUUGAAAGGCGAGUUGUUUCGUGGUGUGACGUGAAUUUUCCUGCCUGAAUGAUGGGCACGAAUAUUUUAGCAAGAAUAGCCACAUUCCUGCUCUGUGCGUGCGCGUUGUGUUGUUUAGGUGUUGGUGUCAGAGAGCAGCCAGUUGUCCGAACGAAAACGGGACAAGUGGCCGGACAAAGGAUUACCUACAAUAAUACGGAUUUGGACGUUUUCUACGGAAUUCCAUACGCGCGACCUCCUCUGGGCGAUUUGCGUUUCUUGAAACCACAACCUCCAUUAUCAUGGGAAGGAACCCUAAACGCUACACGUAAGCCAACCGCAUGCCGUCAAAUUGAACUUGUGUUUUCCAAGAACGCUACUUUCAGCUACGUCAAUGCAUCUGAAAACUGUCUCUACGUUAAUGUGGUCAAACCAUCGUGUUCUAACUCGGCGGAUUGCCUGGAACCUCUCCCUGUCAUGGUGUACAUUCACGGAGGGGCAUUUCAGUGGGGGGACUCAAGUUUGGUGUUCUUUGAUGGCAGAAACUUCGUAGCCACAACCGGUAUUAUACUGGUCACAUUCAACUACAGGGUAGGAUUGUUCGGGUUCUUGUCCACAGAAACUCCUGAGCUUCCUGGCAACAUGGGUCUCUGGGAUCAGAACCUUGCACUAAAAUGGGUGAAGGACAAUAUCAUUCACUUCGGAGGCAACCCGGAAGAAAUAACUCUUUGUGGGCAAAGUGCAGGAGCGAUAUCCGUGGGAAUGCACGCCCUAUCUCCUCGUAGCAAAGGAUUGUUCAAGAAAAUUAUUAUGCAAAGUGGAACACCCCUGUCAACAAUAAUGACGCACUCAUACAGAGGUAUUGGCAGACUGCUAAGUAUCGCAGGACUACUAGGGUGCUACGACAAAGACAAGAGUUGGACGGAGCAAAUAUCCAGCAUGUUGGAUUGCUUAAGAACGAAAGAGGCAGGAGACAUCAUUGCCACUUUGAGAACGCAAGAAUACACGCACCAAAUAUACGUACCGGUCGUCGGAGACGAUUUUCUUCCGGAGGAACCACGGGAGAUGGACCCUUUCAUCAUUAACGCAAAUGCGGUGUUUUCUGGGACUACUCUCAAUGAAGCGACCGUAUUAGUGGAUAACCUGCGUUAUAUCUCACCCGGACUGUUCGAGGCUCUGUCGGGUGACUAUAGGAUAGGCGUCACACUAGCGAUAACGGUACUAGUUGGUCUCACGCUUAGUGAGAGUAAAAGGAUUACCUACAGCUAUUACGGAGGCUACGAUGUAGAACACAGCCAGCAAGAGGUUAUAGACAUUCUGGCUGAGAUAAUUGGGGAUGUUGUGUUCCAGUGCCCAACGCAUUACUACCUGGUAGCGGCUUCGAAGAAAGGAAUCGAUUCGUACAGAUACAUGUUUGCUCAUCGGUCGUCCUACAGCCUGUGGCCUGAGUGGAUGGGUGUGACACAUGCGGACGACAUACCGUACACAUUCGGUUCUUUGCCACACAUCAAAGACGCAAUCCAGAAUCCAACACCGAAUACGGUAUCUUUGAAAGGAGUGUUCGAUAUUGGUAAUUUUUCCUACUCUACGACUGAAGAGCACUUCAUGAACGAGAUACUAAAUAUAUGGAAAUCCUUCAUAGUGAAUGGGAAACCUACAAUACCUUUAUCAAGUGACAAGUGGCCCGAGUAUUCCCUGAGCAAUCCCAGCCUAGUCUACUUGCAGCCCACAAACUACUCCAAAGGACCUGCUCCUAGAAAAGAUAGGUGCACGCUGUGGAAGAAGUAUCUACUGAGGGAGCAAAUACAAGACGGUCCCUCUACAGAGAGGCCAUCACCGCCGCACAAAACGAAACCAACAAGGAAGCCAAAGCCGGCACGAAGGCCCGGGAAGCCUCUUGAUAACACAGUAGCUUCAAAUGCGUCUACAUCGUUUGCGUCUAUUAUUACGUUUCUUGCCAGUUUCAUUAUCUCUGUCCGAGAAAUAUCCAGCUCAUAUAGCCUAUAAAAGCACAGCAUAUGUACAA